AUGGUUAAAAAUUGGGCAAAACGUUUUCGUGAAGGAAGAGAAGAUGUCAGUGAUGAUCCUCGAUCUGGUCGUCCGAUUUCAAUUCUUACAGUUGAAAAUAUUGAAUGCGUUCGACAAGUUAUCGAAGAUGAUCCCCACUCAACUUAUGAAGAUGUUAUUGUUAAGACUGAUCUAUCGCGUGGUACAAUAGAACCAAUUAUCCAUGAUAAUCUAAAGAUGAGAAAAGUUGUAUCACGUUGGGUUGCUCACCAACUUACUGACGAACAAAAACAAAAAAGACUUCAAAUUUAUCGUCAAAAUUUAGAGAAAUUUAGGAACGGAACAUGGCAAUUAUGUGAUAUUAUCACCGGUGAUGAGACGUGGAUUUAUCACAGACAGAUUGGUCGGAAGUCAAGCAAUUCUACCUGGGUUGGUGAAAAUGAACCACCAAGGACCAUUUAUAAUAUUACAUGUGCUAUUAAAUUACCUUGA